UGAUAGUCAAAAUAUAUUUAUGGCGACUUCCCGAGAACUACACAUUAAUUCUGCAAUGAUGAAGGAGCAACCAGUAAUAUACAAUGAAUUGGCCAUAAGGGGAAAUAUGUCCAUAUUGGACUAUUGCCGUACAUUCAUGUCAGCUAUAUCUGGAUCAGCAGCAGGUAUACUUGGUCUUACUGGACUUUAUGGCUUCAUCUUUUAUUUCAUCACAGCAUUUUCUCUAUCAUUCAUGUUGUUCUUGAAGACUGGUGGACAAUGGCACAAAUAUUUCAGGAUGAGACGACCUCUCUUGACACAUGGACUGUUUGGUGGACUUUUUACAUACAUCUUAUUUUGGACAUUUCUGUAUGGCAUGGUGCACGUGUACUGACCCAAGAUGAGAACGAGACUCCAUACACCACAGAGAGCCCUCCUAAAUAGCCACCAGCCAUCAUAGCAACCAUCAUUUGCCAUCAAGAUGAAAGAUGCUCUCCUCUUCAUCAGAUAUAAUCCUCCAAGGAAACCGAUGUGGCAUAGGGAGGAAACCCAUUCUGGCCAUUUGCUUCUGACAUUACAUUCCCACAUAGGCAUAACCUGUUGAUUAUUAUAUAAGUUUAUUCCAUAGACUAAGCACAGUGAUUACCAGGUUCAUUUAGCCAGUGGGCGACUUAGAUAAGGACAAUGUUGAGUGGUGGGGCAAGACCAACUCCCGCUAAAAUAUUGAAAUCGGGCCAGUGUGGGGACGAUGAUCCUAAAAAUAUUACCAAUAGUUUGUGUGAGGUGGUGCGAAUAUUGUCUGCUAAAUAUAAAAUCGUAUUGACGAUUUAGGAACCACAAGCAACUAUCCAUUGUCAUCAUCAUGUCAAGACAAGAGAAUGGGAAAUGUAGAAAAGCCGCUCCACUAUGAAAGAUGCAUAGCCCCUUUAUAAUGGGAUUCAAAAGUGCCUUGUGUCUUUGACAGUAGCUAUGUCACAUUCCCCAUUCUUUUUUCUAUGAAAAAGUGUUGCAAGAUUCCUGCAUGAAAGAUGUGGCACUAACUUUCAGUAAUACCUCGGUCACAUUUGCUCUACGGCAGCCGUACGGCGAGUCAAAAACCGCCAUUUUAUUCAAACCACCUAUAAGUAUCUGAUACAAAAAUGUUAAAACGGCUGUUUUCGUACAGCCGCCGUAGAGCAAAUAUGACCGAGAUAUAAGGAUCCUUGUGAAUUUACCAACCCCAGCUUUCUUGGGUAAAAUUGUUAUUUCAUUUUCAUUAAUACAAUGAAGCAUCCAGUUCUUAAUAUAACAGCUCACACUUAUACAAAUAAGGGCAUUACAUGUAUGUCUAGAUGUUGACUUAUGAGGACCUUUCUAUUAUAUAAACAACCGAUAACUAUCAUGGAUUAAUCUAUAUAAUACAGAAAUAUUUGAUUCUAUUAUGCAUUUCCUUUCUUUUAGGUGAUGUGAAGACUUUGAAUUAGUUUUAAAUUAUUACAAGAGAUAUUUCUGAUAUUUUUUUGACAAGGGCAAUCAAAUACCAGUCUAUAGGCUUAUAUCAAAGCAGGAUUGCAUAUUUUCUUUAGAAGUGGGUUUGGGUAGCACUAAAUAGGAACAGGCAGGUACCGUAAUGAGUGUUCAGUGCAGUCUAAAAACAGAUAUACAUAACCUUUUUUUUCUUCAUGUAAGUUCAGUAACAGACCGUGUGGGGGACAUGCUCAAUGCAUUAUCUGACUGGAAAUGCAUUAACUUAUGCAGUAUAUUCAUCAUGUAUUUCUGACUAUCUGCCACUGCCCAUCUUUUUUUUAACCCCUUUUUAUGCAAAGGAAAUUAUUUUGUAUCCACAUGAAUUAAGCUCACAAAAUUAAUGAUUAUGUUGAAUUUUGAAGAAAAAAUUAUUAAUUUUUAAAGUAAAUCCACCAUCAAACUUAGUUGCUCUGCAAGAGUCUGCAUAUCAAAUCACUAACGUUUUGUAUAAAGUUUAUGUGUUCUAGCAACUCGAGUGAGUGGUGAUAAGAUACAGAAAACAGUUGGUAUGUCAGUUACUAUUUGAGAUAUGUUUGUGCAAUUAUUUAUGAUUAAAACUGAUGUAAACUACA